UAAAAGUGCAUUAAAAGCAAUUGCAAUUUGCAAAGAAUUAAGCAGGAUAAAUACGACUUUAACAUGGCGAAACGUUUGGAAUGUCCCUAUGAGAAUCUGAGCAGCUGCUUUCUGCUGCAGACGAGCGACUAUCAAAAGCAAUUCUGUCAUUUAUACACACAUCGUUUGGCCGAAAUGAGGCGACUUUUAACGCCGCUGGCCAAAUCCAAAUGGGACAAUCAGGUGCCCAUAAUGAAGCUUUGCGAACUGCGAGGCGAGCAGAACGUCAAUUGCAUCAUCAUUGGCACCAUUUACAAGCACCAGGCGCACAAGCCGAGCAUAUUGCGUGACAUUUCCGAGGAGAAUCAACUGGCACCGCAACCACAACGCAAAAAUUACUCAGAGCCCGAGGAUAAAGUCAUCCUGGAGGAUGAACUGCAGCGCGUGCGACUGCAAGGUGAUAUACUGGACGGCAGAAAUUUAGCAACGGGCAUUGUGUGUGCAGUUAAAGGAGGCACCGAUAGCGAUGGCUAUUUGAAUGUGGAGGAGGUGCUCUUCUUAGAGAGCGGACCACAAAAGUCGCUCGCUUUGAGGAGCAAUGCUGGGAAACUGGUGAUCAUCUCUGGCCUGGAUCAGCUGCAAUCGCAUAACUAUGUGGAUGCAUUGAACAUGUUUCAGUAUUGGCUAAGCGGCAGCUUGGGCAAUACUGUCCGAGCUCAAUCCAUGGUCAGAUUAAUUGUUGCCGGCAACUCGGUGAGGAGUACAGCGCUGGUAGAGCUGCCCACGCUGCAGGUGGCACGCUCCCAGGCCAAUGCGAAUGAUACUGUACAGGCUAUUGCCCAGUUGGACACCUGGUUUGCAGCCUGGGCUCGUGCUUUGCAUGUGGAUUUAAUGCCCGGUGCCUUUGAUCCGGCGAAUUUUAUGUUUCCCCAGCAGCCGUUCCACAAAUGCAUGUUUCCACUUGCCGGGCAGUUGUCCUCCUUCCAGUCUGUGCCCAAUCCCUACAGCUGUCGGCUGAAUGGUGCUCACGUCAUGGGCACAGCCGGGCAGAAUGUGGAGGAUUUGUUAAGCAGCACCUCGUUGGAUUCGUCACUGCUAGCAUUGAGUUCCACACUCAAAUGGGGCCACUUGGCGCCAACGGCGCCGGACACGUUGGCCAGUUAUCCGUACAUCGGUAGUGAUCCCUUCAUUAUGCAGGAGUGCCCACAUGUUUACUUCGCUGGAAACUGCGCCUCCUUCGAUACGGAGUUGCUGGAGGACUCUAGGAAGGAGAGCAGCAAGCGAACGCGUCUCGUCUGCGUGCCCAGCUUCAGCCGGACGCAGAGCGUGGCUCUCAUCGAUCUGGACACACUCGAUUGUCGCGAGAUUAAGUUUAGCGUGAACUCCGAAUAAAUUUAUGAGAGUAAAAUUGCUA